AUGGAUCCGUCAAGGGGUGACCUGAGCCACCACCCUCUCCCUCACCAGCAUCCUCACCACCACCAGCCGCAGCAGCAACAGCAACAGCUUCGGCCGGACCACAGUGCCGCCAGCAGCUGCAACAGCAGCAGGAGACCCUCGAUCCAUGAACUGUCUCAUAGCCACCUGCCGCCGCCGCCGCCUUCGGCACUGACUCAGCCACCGGUGAACCACGAGCCGUAUCACCCCGGCCUUCUCCUCCAUCAUCAUCAGCAGCAGCACCAUCAGCACCAUCAGCAUCAGCAUCAGCAUCAGCAUCAGCAUCAGCACCAGCACCAGCAUCAGCAUCCGCAUCCGCACCAUCAGCCUCAGCCUCUCGGCUUAUUCACCGACAGCCAGAGCCAGUACAUGGACCCCCCUCAUGUACAACAUUUUGGGCUGAAUCACUACACCAGCCCUCGCAGCACCGUCAGCGAUCCCAUCAUCCCGACCCAGCCACUGCUUCAGGAAGAAUCUCCCGAGGCCCCUCGACGGCGCCGUGAGAACCGCUACCGCAACGCUCCCCCGGGCGUUCUAUCUCGCCGCAGAGCCCAGAACCGCGCCUCCCAGCGUGCCUACCGCGAGCGCAAGGAACAGCGCAUCCGCGACUUGGAGGAGCUCCUUCGGGAAUCCACUCAGCGCGAGCAGUCCAUCAGCCAGGCCUUCGUGACCCUGAAGGCCGAGUGCGCAAGGCUGCGUGCCGAGCAACAUAGCGACACCAGCGGGAGUCAAUCAUCACCACUGUCGCAGCAGCAGCACGGCCUGGUCGCCAUGACUGCCGCAGGAGCCUUUGACGCGCCAGCUGCUGCUGUCGUCGAGGAGGCGCCUGACGUGACGGGCGAGUUUCACCUUUCUAUGGACAUGGCUAGCUUCUCCCAUCACAUGUAG